UCCCAUUUUGCGGCCUUGUGACAAGCAAAGUCAAGGGGAAAGCCAGAUUCACCUAACAGAUCGUGUGACUUUACUUAACAACUGCAGUGAUUCAUUUAACGACUGGGAAGAAAUGUCGUAAAAUGGGACAAAAUGUUACUUCAGUGUCUCAUUUAGCAACUGAAGUUUUGGCCUCGAUUGUGGUCCUAUAUUGAGGACUAACUAUUCCCCUAGACUAGAGGGCAAGAUGGACUUCGUGAUCCUCUUUGGCCUGUAUCUCGGCCUGGUGCUGCUCAGUGUGGCGGUCUGUGUCUCCUCCCGACGGGAGCAAAGCUUCUCUUGGAGGCUCAUCAGGGGCACAACUCAAGUGUUCUCCUAUGUAAUUCCAGCUCCAGUUCAUAGAGCAGCUCAGAAGGCCAUUCAUGGACUCUUCCAUUCCCGAAAUUCAUUCUUUGUGGUCCUGCACUUGAUUUUGGAAGGGCUGGUUUAUGGCGAGUAUACCUGGGAGGUGUUCAGCUACUGCCAAGAGCUGCAGUUCAGCAGGCUCCUCCUCCUCCUCCCUUACGUCCUGUUGGCUGUGAAUGCAGCUUUCUUCAUCCUCUGCUCCAGAAGUAACCCAGGCAUCAUCACCAAAUCCAACCAGCUUCUCUUCCUUCAUGCAUACGCAUACGACGGUCUGAUGUUUCAACAAGAUGCUGAAUGCCCUACCUGCGCAGUGAGAAAACCAGCCAGAUCCAGGCACUGCGGCGUGUGCCGUGGCUGCAUACAUCGUUUUGAUCACCACUGUGUUUGGGUCAACAACUGCAUUGGAGCCUUCAACAUCCGGUUCUUCCUUUGCUACCUGCUGACUUUGACCUCCAUGGCUGCUUCUAUUGCAGCUGUAACGGCCGGCUUUCUCAUCCAGGUGGUUCUUUUGUCAAAUCUUACAUGGGGACAUUAUACUGAUGACCAAGGUCAAGAGCAUCCAGUUGAUACCUUCUUCCUGAUUCAGCAACUUUUCCUGACCUUUCCUAGAAUUGUAUUCAUGCUGGGCUUCGUCAUCCUUCUGUUGGUCAUUCUGGGCUCCUAUUUCUGCUUCAUCCUGUACCUUGUACUGACCAACCAGACAACCAACGAAUGGUUGAAAUCAGCAAGAUAUACGCCCUCAUGCUCGGAGCCAUACAGCAGGCAGGAAGGCUAUAGAAACAUCUACUCCAAAGGCGUGUGGGCCAAUCUGGCAGAAAUUGUGACACCUCUGACAACUCCUGCAAAGAAAAGGAAGUGAAUCCUUGCACACGUGGAGCUGGCAAAAACAGUUUGCACCAUACAAACUUAUCUUCUGUAGAAUGAAUUUUUAUUCUAACUAAAGGACUAUUCAGAAGCGGAAAAUGAGUUAACAGAUCAGAUAGUUAAUGUGAGCACCGAGUGCUAUUGUUUGCACUUUUAGUUUGCCUGCUAAAAAGCUCGGGGGGGGGGGGGGGAUGCAUUGUUAUUGUGGUGGUGAGAGUAGUUGGUUGCAGUUAGGCAGAUGUUUAAACAUGAUUUGGCAUUUUUAUCCACCUAUCGAGUACUUCCCAAGGACCUGGGAAAAGCAGAUGUUGUUUGAUGGUGUUAAAAGGUCUCAUUGCAGGAUUUAAGCUGUUCUGAGCCAAGCUGCCUUUUGCAAUUGACUUGAUGGGACUUUUGUCAAUCAUGUUCCAAGUGUUGCUUCAGAGGUUUUGGGAUUGCACCCAAGGUGCCAAUUACUAUUGGGACUAUCUUUGUUCUCCUUUGCCACAGCUGUUCUGUUUUUUAAUUUGCGUGUCUUUGUAUUUUAUGAUUUUCUCCAGUUCUUUGUCUUCUGGUCCGCUGUCUCCAAAUACUGCCAUGUCCACUAUGCAGACUUGUCUUUUUAUGGACAGUUGUUAAGUCUUGGAGUGUUAUGUGGCAGCUGCUUAUCUGUAUUGUUAUAAUUAUUACUACGUAUUUUUGGUGAUGUAAAAUGAAUGGAGGCCUACAUCGA